AUGGCAGCCGAGGGACACAGAGACAGCUGCUUCCCGCUGGAUGCGUGUGGCCAAUGCCAGUGGCAAUCAGUCGGUUCACCCCGUUCGGAUGUCUCAGGACACGCAGCCCCCGACUCUCUGGCCGCAUCCAGCAAAGCAAAAUGGAGUCGACGGCAUCAUCACUGUGGAGAAAAACCCGACCACUGUUCCAGAGAUGACGACGAUGAGUCGGGUGAACAACUGGACAUGCUUUCCUACCUGUUUCCAACGCUACGCCCACAAGCGUUCUUUCCUCCGGAUCUGCACUCGCUAUGUGGUUACGCGCAUGGCCCGUUUGAACGGAAGAAAGCGCAAAAGACUGGAGGAGCUGUCCCAAUGAGUCAGCUGCGCCAAGUGGAGCAGUGGCGGUUCUUGUGUGUCGACGGGGAAGAAAUUCAGGAGAAGAAAAAACACGUACUGAAGCAGAAAGUCAGGGCAGGCGUACCUGACUAUCUGCGAGGCGUCGUGUGGCAACUGCUCGCAGGAGUGCAGAAGAUGAAACAAGAAGCGGGUUACGAGCCAGAUAUGUACUUCAAGCUGGUGACCUCCAAAAUCUGGAAUGAGGACAGCCCGACAAAUCUGGGCCCCAUAAUUGCGAGGGAUAUAAACAGGACGUUUCCCAAGCAUGUUCUGUUCAGGGACAUGCACCAGAAGGGACAACAAGCACUGUUCAAUGUGUUGAAGGCUUAUGCCAUCUUCAACCCUGACGUAGGUUACUGCCAGGGAAUGGGAUUCUUGAGCGGCAUCCUUCUGAUGUAUAUGAAUGAGGAGGACGCUUUCUACAUGCUCGUAUGCUUACUUCACAAGUACAACAUGCAAGGCUUAUUUACACCUGGCCUACCGACACUUGAAAAGUACUUCUUUCAGUUUCAAAGGCUGUUUCAAAAACACAUGCCCCGACUCAGCGUUCACUUCCGCAAUGAAGGAGUCGAGUCAAGCAUGUAUCUCAGCAGCUGGAUGAUGACUCUUUUCUCGUAUAAUUUUUCCUUCGAUUGCGUCGUCAAAAUUUGGGACGUUUUCCUCAAAGAUGGAGAGAAAAUGCUAUUUCGCACGGCUUUGGCAAUUCUGAAAAUCAAGCAGGAGGAUCUGUUCGCCGCUUCUUUCGAAGCAAUUCUGGAAGCACUUAAGUCGACACCGAGUCAACUCGACGCGGAGGUGUUACUAGAGACUGCCUUGAACAUGAAAGUCCAUAAUUCCAUGUUGAGGGAGCUUGAGGAAGAAUAUUUCGAGCAAAAGCAGAAUCAGGCGCUCAACCAAUCCGGGCAUCUGGCUGAUCUGGAUGACUGA